AUGAGCACGGCGCCGGCGGUGGCACCCUUCCUGGUGCUCCAGGCGCGCUGCGCCCGCGCGUUUGCGACGCCCGUGUAUGUCACGACCGAGCAGCUGCAGCAGAUCCUCCAGAACGUGCAGGCCGAGCUUGAGCGGCGCGCGGCGCUGCAGCGCGGGGCGCCCGAAUCGAAGCGGAACUCGAUCUUGUGCGCCUCGGGCAAGGCGUUGCCCAGCGAGGCGGAGGUGCACGCAUGGGCGCUGCUCGUGCUGCUACAUGGCCGCGGCGCGGACGGCUCGUGGGUCGCCGUCCCGACGCUCGUCGACCAGUGGAUGAACGUCGUGCUGCUGCAGUCGACUCGCUACGAGCAGUUGCGCGAGCGAUGGCAGCCUCCGACCGACGAUCCGGAGUGGCGUAACUUGGCUCUCGCCAAGGGCCUCGUCCCGUCCUUGCUCAGUCAAGCCGCCGCUCGGGCGGCGGAGCCGCUCGCCCACAUCACGCGCACGCUGGUGCAGCUCGAGGUCAUCGACCACGACGUCGGGCAGACCGCGCUCUCGAACUAUCUGAAGAACUGCCUCGCCAAGUCCAAGGGCAUCUCGGGCCCGUCGUACAACCCGGCCAACGGCUCCCACACGCUACACCGGCACAUCGCCGCGGCGGUGCCCGUCGCCUCGCUCCUGAAGGUGCGCGGCAAGGAGCUGCUCUCGGCGCUGCACCGCACGCGGGAGGAGCCCGAGGCGGCGCCUUCGUACACCGAGCUGCAGGCGAGCGCCGACGCGUCGGCGGCGGCGGCGGCGGCGGAGCGCGGGGCAACCGCAGCAGGCGUGGCGGCUGAUGAGGCGGCGCCACAGGCGCGCGAGGCGCGCCCACGGCGCAAUGCACGUUGACUCUGCGGCACAUGCGGUGGACAGCGAACAGAUAGGGUGAUGCGGCACGGCGGUAGAUGGCCGAGGAUGCAGACGGACCGUGGUAUGUGUGUUGUGUAUAUGCUCAUAUCCGC